GCCGGAGGUUUUCAGAUCCACAUCUCAUGAAAAAGCGAAGCAAGAUUCAAGUUCCCAACAAGAUGAAGAAGGUUCUAGUGAUAGUGAUGAUGGGCUUCCGCCAUUGGAGGCAAAUACCAACAGAUUAAACCCUCUCAUGUCACAUUUCGAUACAGACGAUUCAGAGUUAGAAUUUUGA